AAUAUGUUUGCGUGAAACCGACCACAUAAUACACAUUUAUAUCACACUAAGACGAAACACUAGCAAUAAAUAUGUUUUAAUUUUUUAUUACUAAAAAACAAAUCUUACAACUGAGAUACAGUACAGUGACUAGUCUUUGUAUAUGUCGGGUAUUUUCCCAUAAUUCCAGCGCACCGGAAACACACAGGUUUACAGCACUGAGAAGGCUGAGAGCGGUAUAUUUCCCUUCGGCGAAAAAAAAAUAUAUUACGCCAUGUUUCUUAAAUAAACACUUAUUUAUUUAUUUUCAACUUCUUCCAUUUUUAUACUCAGAAAAUAAACAGACCGGCGUUAUGGACAGUCAGGAGGAAACGGACAUGUGGUACACCCACCCAGUCUACGCCCGUUACUGGCAGCAUUACCAGCAGGCUAUGAGCUGGUACCAGAGGCACCGGCGGGCGUACAGCAAGGCCAUACAGGCUGCAUAUGACCCUGCUCUGUACCCUGUGUUUCCCACCCCUUCAUGUCGCUAUGCAGACUGGCAGGAUGAAGAGACAGUGCACAGAGCCCCUACACAACCAAGGAGACAGAGGGAGGAAGAAGAAGACAACUCAGAGGUUGAGGAAGAGUCUGAGAGCUCGGAGGAAAGCGAGCUUGAAUAUGAUGUCAGCAAAAUGGACAUCACGGCCGAGCUGCGGCAAUACUUCGCUCAGACGGAGCGCCACAGAGAGGAACUGAAGAGGCAGCAGCAGAUGGAAGCAGAGCGACAGGAAGCCUAUGUACCAGCUGACCAGGACCUGCACCAUUCUUGGCGGCGGAGUGCCGAAGCCCCGGCCGAACGCCCAGGUGAGAGGAGGAGUGCCGAGAUGAAGCGGCUCUACGGAAAAGAUGCGGCCAAGAUCCAGGGCAUGGAAACGGCCAUGCAGCUCACCUUUGACCGCAACUGUGACCGCAAACAGCCCAAAUACUGGCCUGUAAUACCAUUAAACCUCUAGAGGGAUCGACUCAAGCUACUCCAUAAUGCUCUUUAACUCUAAUGCAAACCACUUUUACAUAAAUACAACAUACAUCCUAUUUAUAUCAAAAUUUCUUUGUCGUACUGAGGGGCUACUCAGAACGUUUGGCCUUAUUGUGCAAAUCCAUUUGUAUUUAUAGUAGUUAGAUUUUGAGUCUCAUUAAAAAUAGUCUUUGUUGUUGCUGUUACUCUCACACUUUCAAAUGAAAAAACAUUUCCUGUGUUUCAGUAGUGCACUGCUAGACUCCAAGGCUCUCUCUCAUGACACUUUGCUAAUCCUCUUUUUCACUGAUGGAAAAGUUCUGUCCUGCUCCUUUUUUAAUUUCACACAGUGCUGUUCAUCAAUCCUCUGUGGGUUUUUUUUCUCCCUCUUCCAAGUCCACGAAUGAUUAAGAUAUCGUAUACAUCGAGCCACAGCUCUUUUUUUUUUUUCCAUGGCCGAUUCUCACUAACUAGGUCAGAGGCUCCCCCACGUUUUCAGUCCGUUCUGUCUGUGCUUCUUCUCCACUUUUCCUGUGCUUUGGAUGCUCUUUGGUGGUCAAUUUAGCAUGUUCUUGUAUGAUAAAGUGCUUUUUAAUAUCCAUGGAUGGUGAUUUUUGUAAUAAAAUGCAUUGGAUUAAAAUAUGAAUACGACUGUUGAUUUGAAAA